AAAACCACUUUCUUUAUUGAUCUGUGAAUCAGUGGUCUGAUCAAAGAGUCCAUAAAAAAUAGCAUAAAAUUAAAUAUAUAGUUUAAUAAUCCAAACAGUAAAAUUGCUCAAUUAAUUAAUCUUAUAUUAGAAUUAGCUAGUAAAGUAGCAACUAUUCUAAGCACCAACUACUGAACUAAAAUCAGACCAAAAAGGGCUAAUAUUUUCUUCCUUUUCUCUGCUUAAUGACACAGCUUUUCUUACAUACGAGAAAGAAAAGUAGUAAAGCCAAACUUUGCAUUCCUUUUCAUAUUAAUAAUUCUAACUCAUCAUUUCAAAAUCUCAAAACUCAAUUCUUUCACACAGAAAAAAAGAACCACCUCACUUCACUUUCCUUACUAAAACAAAAGAACAAUAUUUUCUCACUUCCCCUAUUCUUUCUCUCUGUUUUUUUUCUUUUCUUUCUUAAUUAGAUCGAUCACACCACCAUGUCCACCAUAUUCUGGAAGAAAAGUUUCCCACUUUGCUUCUCCAUUUCAAAAUGUCUCCCCACAACACAGUCCUCACCAAACGACAGAGACCACACUCAAACGACAUCAUCAUCAUCUUCCUCCUCUAUGCCAAUCAAAGCCUUCAACUCCUCUGUUUAUGAAAUCUUCGCCGCCAGCUCCAACUCCGACGACUUCUUCUCCUCUUCAGAUGAGCUCUGCGACUCAGAAAUCUUACCACCGGCGCCGGCGUUUGAUCUCGCCACUGUAUACGCUUCCCCCAGGUUCUUCUUCUCCUCUCCGGGCCAGUCAAAUUCCAUAAUCGAGUCCAGUACAAUAACCUCAGAUCACGCCUCCAAGCCUCUACGGCCAGUGGCCACCGCGAAAAGAAACACGACGGCGACCCAAUUCGCCGGCGGCGUCGAGGUCCCGAAAUAUUCGGUUGACCCUUUUGUUGACUUUCGGCGUUCGAUGCAGGAAAUGAUGGAAGCUCGGGAUGUUUUGGUGGAUGGGAGAACCGACUUGGAGUACCUUCAUGAACUUCUCUUGUGUUUUCUCGCUUUGAAUCCUAAAGAAACUCACAAGUUUAUCAUUAGUGCUUUCACUGAUAUAGUCGUUACUCUGCUGUCGGCGCCGGACAAAGGGCGCCGUCACCGUGAAAUUAAGAUCCGACGGCGGCAUAGUGGUUGUGUAAGACGACUCAGCAUGUAAUGACAAUUAUUAUAUAUAAAUAUUAUAUAUUUUUGUCUUUCAAUUAUUGAGGAAAAAAAGUAAUAAAAUAGUAAAUAAAAUAAGGGAAAAAUAAAAAACAUUAACUCAGAAUAGUUGUGUCUUCUUC